ACAACAUCCACCCUCGCCGCGACAUUUAGUUUGUAACUACUGUAGCAAUAAUGUCAUCGGAGAAACCCAUCCACGUCGUUCGGUUACUGUCUCGUGCUCUUCAUCGUAUCCGCACGACUUCCCCAAGACUUAUCUCUUCGCCCGCAACCCAACCUCGUCGUGCUGCUGUUGCACUCGUCAUACGCGUCCUUCCUUCUCCCCACUCACCGCCUAUCCCCAGCGAUGCCCCCAUACCCACGUUGAGCCAGUUUUUCGAGCUCGACUGGGUUAACGAUCCAAAUGCAAGCGUGGAGAUUCUAUAUUUGCACCGUGAUGGAGCGGCACCUUCGGACGGAGUCCCAGGGAGUUAUGCCUCUACAUCCAGCACGUCUAACGCUAGUUCAGGAGCAAAGGCAGAGGCGCACAUAGCCUUCCCAGGUGGGCGUAUGGAGGAGGGUGACGAAGGUGGCCUCUAUACUGCUAUGCGUCAGACCUGGGAAGAAAUAGGACUUGACCUGGCUGAGCGGGACUUCACAUGCAUUGGACAGCUCGAUGAUCGCGAGAUAACGACAUCCCUUGGAAAACGGCUUCUUAUGAUCUUGUCACCUUUUGUCUUCCUUCAGCUCACUGCCAAUCCUAUCCCAGUGGACCCCGCCGAAGGUACCGAAAUUUAUUGGACGCCUCUGGAAUCUUUAGUGGACGCAGUCAGUCCAAUCCCUGCUGGGAUAGAUCGCGAACGCAGCGCUAAGUGGACAACCGUCAAUGUCGACGCCGCCUCAAGGAUUACACCUAAACAUGCCCCAAAACUCAAGCACCUUGUCAGGCUUCUCCUUGGUACUAUGCAAUUCCCAGCUCUGUUGCUAGAUGUACCCGACCAUACUAUCGAAACUGCCUCAGCACCCUCAUAUCCUUCUCCCGCCAAUUCGCCUCCCCUUAAAGGCCCAGGCUCCUUCCCCAAUUCGACGCAAGAUUCACUGGAAAAGGGUGUGCCAUCAGCGUUGAAGCCAAAGUAUCUGAAGCUAUGGGGCUUGUCGCUUGGCAUGACUUUGGAUUUACUCUCCAACAUGAUCCCGAGUGUGCAUUCGACGUCCAUUCCUAGCUUGCCUUCACCGCCGCUAUCUGUCAGCUCUUUCCAGCGUGAACAAAGGUCUGCCGCUGCCGCUGCUGUUGACUCCUCCGUGUGGCUAUCUGCACUCCAUCUUCCCUUCCGUCCAGUCGGAGGUGAAGGUAUGCGUGUGGAAGCUAUAGCUCCAAGUCUCGCGAGCGUGUUCCCGCGGUUUUCCUAUCCUGAUGUCAACUUUUGGAUCUGGGUAUUUGGCAAGAGGUAUCGAGAAGUCGUCCGUGGAUGGGAGGCCAGUACGAGAUCUGGAGGAUCAAACGAUAGAAGGAUCAACUGGGCUGGAACGGCGCUGAAUACGUUCUAUGCUGCUGUGCGCAAAGCUUUAAUCGUUGUAAUUAUCCUUCGUGCGAUCGGAAUUAUCAUUGGGUUGGCCUUUGCAGCUUGGUGGGUAUUUUCUUGAUCGCACAGCCGACCAUGCAGAAAUCGGAGCAUUUCGGACUCCACCAUAGUUACGCCUUUUACGGACUUUUGGUGACGAUUUACCUGUUUGUCUUUCAUUGUAUACACCCGAGAUUCAUCGUUGGCAAUUUCAUCCAGAACAGUUUCAGUAAACAUCAUACACACACCUUCACAUACAUCACAAUAGCACCUUUACCUUAGAUGUAACGAAUAUCCUGUUCUUUCCUUCCAAAAGUCGUCAGUUAACAUAGUUACGCCCAACAUGAUCUCCACCCUUUGAGUC